AUGGCUUCGCUUGAUUUUCUUACCUUUGUAACAGGGAUCGUGCCCUUAAGGAUAUUUUUAGGGAUAAUUUUAGGGAUAUUUUUCUUGAUCGCCCUUAUACACAAAUUAAGAAGAAGGCAUUUGUCGAUGGACGAGGAGAUUGAGAACUUUCUUCAAAGCCAAAAGAACUUCAUCCCUAUAAGGUAUUCUUAUGCCCAAAUCAAGAAAAUAACAGAUGGUUUCAAGAAUAAAUUAGGUCAGGGAGGUUUCGGAACCGUGUUUAAAGGCGAACUUCGAAGCGGAAAACUCGUUGCAGUAAAAUUAUUAAACGAAUCGAAAGGUAAAGGUCAAGAUUUCAUCAAUGAAGUUGCAACUAUCGGAAGGAUUCACCAUGUGAAUGUUGUGCAACUCAUUGGAUUUUGCGUGCAAGGAAAGAAACAAGCUCUGGUCUAUGAUUUCAUGACAAAUGGAUCAUUAGACAAAUUGAUAUUUUCCCCAGAAAGUAACAGUUUGAGCUGGGAAAAGAUGUUUGAGAUUGCACUUGGAAUCGGUCGAGGUAUUGAAUAUUUACAUAACGGUUGUGCCAUGCAGAUCUUACACUUCGAUAUCAAGCCACAUAACAUUCUUUUGGACGACAACUUUGAUCCAAAAGUUUCGGAUUUUGGCCUUGCGAAGCUGUAUUCAACAGAAGACAGUAUUGUUUCUCUCACAGCAGCACGAGGUACAAUUGGAUAUAUGGCUCCUGAACUGUUUUACAAGAACAUUGGAGGUGUUUCGUAUAAAGCUGAUGUUUAUAGCUUUGGGAUGAUGCUGAUGGAAAUGGUGGGGAGGAGGAAAAAUUUGAAUGCUUUUGCUGAUCAUUCAAGUCAAAUCUAUUUUCCUACAUGGAUUUAUGAUCGACUCGAGUUAGGGGAGAACAUAGAGCUUGGAGACAUGACGGAAAAUGAAAAGAAAACUGUGAGGAAAAUGGUAACUGUUGCCUUUUGGUGCAUUCAGACAAAGCCAGUAUAUCGUCCUUCAAUGAGCAAAGUUUUGAAGAUGCUUGAAAGUGAAGUGGAGCUACUUGAAGUACCUCCCAAGUCAUUUGUGUUUUCUGUGGGCAUGUCAAGUAAUGAUAGGGAUUAAGAACUCAACACAUAGGGGAAUGUAAUGUACUGCAAGUUGUGCAAUG